AUGGCAUACAGCUUAUACGACGGAACAAUUCCUGUCCUCAAGGCUGCCCUCAAGGACACGGCACACCUCCUUGAGGCGGCUCAGAAGCAGCCCAAUGCCAGCAGCCUCCUUGGAGCCCGUCUCUACGAGGAUAUGAAGCCGCUCACUUUCCAAGUCUACACGGUCACAAAAUUCACUGAGAUAAUCAAUGCUCGGCUGUCGGGGAGGGAGACCAUCGUGUAUGAGGACGACAUGACUUCGUACGACGAGAUGCAUGCGCGCAUCAACGAGGUCCUUGCCCGGGUCGAGAACACGGACAAGGACGUGGUGAACAAGCUUGGCGAGGAGGCGGCGCCCACCGCAAUGGGGCCGGGUGUCACGAUGGAUCUGACAGGCAAGGCAUAUGCACACGGUGUGACGCUCCCGAAUAUUCUCUUCCAUGUGUCCAUUACGUACGCGAUACUCAGGAAAGAAGGCGUUCCAUUGGGAAAAGCCGACUUCAUGAUGCCGUUUGUUCGCGAGUACGUUCCUGGUGUUUAG